AUGGAAAAUUGGGUUCUUGUACAAAAUAAAUAUAAAUUAAAAAAAAAAAAGAAGAAAAAUAAAAAAAUAGAAGAAUUUUAUAUUGACAAAGAAGAAAGAAAAGACUUGAAUUAUAAUAUAGAAAAAUAUAAAGAAAGUCAACAUAAUGAAAAAAAACGUACAGAAAGUAUCUACAAUGAAAUAAAAAAAGUUAUAUCAUAUUUAGAAAAAAGCAUUUUUUUUAAAAAUUUCCAAAAAAAAUUUAAUGAGAUAAAUAGAAAUAAUAUUAACACUGGAAUAAUUUGUUUAGGUUUAGGUUCUUUAAUAGAUAUAAAUCCUAAUAAUAAAAAAUCAUGUAUUUAUCAGUUGAGUUUUAUAUUAUUAUUAAAAAAAAUAUAUAACAUUUCUAAUAUAUACAUUUAUGAUCCUAAAAUUACUAAAAUAGAUAAAAAUGUAUAUGAUUUAUUUAACAUAGAAAUACUAAUUUGUCUUGAAAAAAAUAAUAUGAGACAUCAAAAUAAGGAAAAUAAAGAUAAAGAGAAAACAAUUCAAGAAAAUAAUAACGAUGAAAAAAAUAUUCAAACGAUUAGAAUUACAAAUAAAAAUGAAAAUUUUUUAUUAUAUAUGCCUCAUUGUGAUAUUAGUUUAUAUGGAGAAAUUUUAUAUUACAUUUUUAUGUAUGAAAAAUUAAUAUAUUUAAAUGCUCAUUUUUUUAUUCAUUUAGAAAACAUUAUUUUUCUUGGUAAUAGUUUUGAAUAUUAUAAAGAUCAUAUUUAUUUAUAUAAGCCAUUUGGAUUAUCCUCUGAUAUUAUUCAGACUCUAUGUGAAUAUGAAAAACAUUUAAAUAUUAAAACUAAUGAAAUAAUUUUAAAUAAACUAAAGAAUAAUUUUAAAGAAGCUCAUUUUAUAUUUUAUAUUCUAAACUUUUCACAAGAAAUUAAGUUUCCAAUAUUUUCUGAAUAUAUCUCUGCUUUUAAUGAUUUAUCUAUUACAACAUUUAAUAAAAUACAAAAUAAAUUAAUUUUUUGGUCAGAUAUUUAUAAAAACUUGAUUUAUCAAUAA